GUCUCCCAGCACACCGACCAGCAACGACCUCACAACUCGGGUCGCAGCCACACCUCCUCCUCCUCCUCCUCGUCCUUCUGCGCAUCAUCCUCACCCCGUCUUCCGUGCACCGCUAUGGCUGACGUCUCGGACCCCAAGAUUGACGAAGCGUACCAGGACGUCCGCUCGGACAAGUCGGAAACCACCUGGCUGCUUGUUGAUUACGAGUCCGACCGCUCUGACAAACUCCAGCUGACGUCGACGGGCUCCGGAGGGCUGAACGAACUUCGCGAGCAUCUGGAUGACACCAAGGCCUCGUUUGCGUAUGUUCGCGUUCAGUAUGCGAACGACAAGGAGUCGAAGCGGGAGAAGUUCAUCUUCGUCGUCUGGAUAGGGCCAGGGUGUAAGGUUAUGCGCAAGGCGAAGAUCUCCGUCCAUGCAGCGGACGUGAAGCAGGUUCUCAGAACUUACUCGAUCGAGGUGCCUGCUCGCGAGAAGGAUGAUCUUAAGGAGGAGCCGAUAGUGGUCCGUCUGCGGAAGGCUGGCGGGGCGAGUUACGAUGGAGUAUGACUUACUAUGCCAACGUCAUCUUGGGCAAAUCGUCGCAUGUAUAUCAUCUGUCGCGGUGUUUUGGUGAAUUAUCGAUUUCCUGUGGUCUACUGAGAGUCCAGGCAAGCA